AUGCGCUAUAAGACUGUAGAAGAGGCAAAGUCGCGCUACCGAUUCGGUCCCUUCAGUUGGCAAGCUGGUCUUCUCUUCCUGGGUGCUGGUGUCGGAAUGGCCUUCUACUUCAGCUACGAGAAAGAACGCAUGGCCCGCAAGCGCAUCGCCGAACACAGCAAGGGUGUCGGUCGUCCCUUGGUUGGUGGCCCCUUCAACUUGAUCGACCACAAUGGCAAGCCCUUCACCGAACAAAAUCUCAAAGGAAAAUACUCGCUGGUCUACUUUGGCUUCACGCACUGCCCGGACAUUUGCCCUGAAGAGUUGGACAAGAUGGCCGGUAUGAUUGACAAUGUCAAGGAGAAGCACGGCGAUGUCAUGAGAUCUGUCUUUAUCACAUGCGAUCCUGCAAGAGAUACUCCCGAGGUCACAAAGGAGUAUCUGAAGGAGUUCCACGAGGAUAUGAUUGGUUUGACUGGAGAUUAUGAGGCUGUCAAGGCUACUUGCAAGGCUUUCCGUGUCUACUUCUCGACUCCUCAAAACGUCCAGCCUGGUCAGGAUUACCUUGUCGACCACAGCAUCUACUUUUACCUGAUGGACCCUGAAGGCGAUUUCGUCGAGGCCAUUGGAAGAAAUUUCACUGUCGAUCAAGCAUCAAAGGUCAUCAACAACCACGUUGCAGACUGGAAGGGUAAGAUCGACAAGUCUGCCUAA